UAUUUAAAUACUGAUAUUAUUGUUGUGUCUACUCUACAUUGCCAGCUGUUUUGAACUCCCGCGGAAAUUGUGUGAAGGUCAUCCAUGGAUAGGUGACUCAGUAUUUUAUAUAAAGAACGUUAGAGUUUUCUUUGUUUAUAAAUAAGUUGUUUGUAUGUGUGUUAUUUUGGGUUAUUGAUCUUUCGGAGUCGAGUUAGUAUUCGGGUUUUGGGGCCUCACUUUGCAUGAAAGACAAAUUAUUCCAGUAUUCUCAUUCAUUGUUUCCUCGAGUCCAGCUGUAGGUAUAAUAACAAACUACACUUCCUAAUGUUCAUAUACCAAGAGUUCUUUUUUUCUUCAUCCAACAAAUAGGGACACUUGAAGGAUCUAUCUUAAUCUAGAAAUAUAGAUUCUGUACCCAUUUAUGACUACUUAAAACUAUCAUCAUCUAUAGCCGUAGGUACCAACUCAGGACUAUACCAUUUAGGUGGUCUUUGUCAGUCAAGUCUUUGUGCUCCCUCUCAUAAAACUAUCUUGUGAACAAACAAUGUUCGAGAUGUCAGUGAUGUCAUCAAUUUCCUUAGAGCCCACUUGUCCAAUUUAUUGAUGAUUGCAUAAUAGCCCGUAAUCCCGAAACCACUGUGGUUUGUAUGAGGUCACGACUUGUAGUAAGAACUAGACAACAUUAGUUUUAUUACAUUUCAUAGAAAUAAUUUAGCAGAAAGACUCAAAAAUACUACUAAUUCUCGCGGGUUCAACUUCCAAACAACCAAAUAUGUUAGUACAAAAGCAUCCUAUUACUUUUUGUGGAAUUCAAGCUAUCUCUACACACAAAAUUCGCGAGAUUUUGAUACAUAAUUUACCCUAAAAUCGGUGUUGGCACAAAAUUGCUUGUUUUUGUUGGAAUUCCUUCUAUUGUUUGUUAUCCUAAGCCAAUAGUGUAAUAUUCCCUUAGAAUUGAAUGGUAGCUAGGUACAUACAUACAUCUUCAUGCGUGUCGGGUUACUACAAUAUCUUAAGUAUCUAUGUAGUAUGUAAUUACAUUCCAGAUAAAAGGGCGAACAUAAACUACAGUUGUAAGUAUUAAUUUGUAGCACAAUAAUUUGUUAUUGUUGUGGAAUAUGCAAUAACAAUUGCAACAAUAGUACGCAAGCAGACAUGUACUGUUUUUCAACCUAAGAGUGUAUGGUACCCAAAAGUAUUUACUGUUGGUUAACCAACUCUAAGAUGUAACAGCAAUUUUAGAAAUAAUGAGCCUAAAAUAAAGUAAACGUAGCUUGAAGCCAGUUGCGGACAACCUUAAAACAAACAUGACCUUACUACAAAAACUUAAACGUCUGUUUUACACUUGUCUAAAAAAAUUUUGGUUGCAAAAUGAACCGUAUGUCAACGUCAUAAUUUGUCAUUUUUUUAGACAAGUCUUAAACUGACGUUUAAAAGUUUUUGUGGUAACACAGUUUCUCUUUUUUUGACUCUAUCAAGGCUAAAGAUAUUAGGCCUACUCACGUGUGAAUUUGCUUUUCCUACCUCUCCGAUGAUAGUAGUUCUUAUCAGUCCUGUGCAUAUAUUUAUACAAUAAACUUUCCUGUGUCUGGAAUAAUAUUUACCAACGCAAAACUACUGAUUAUUAUUUACUUCUGUUGAUACCAAACUGCUAACAACCUUGUCAGAGUAAAUUCUGUAAACAUUAACAGUCAGUUUUAACAACAGCACACCGUGUUUGUGGGAACGACACGACAAUUCGAUUUUUUUAAUCUAGCUUUUUGACACGAAGGUACCUAUGUCUUAUUAACACAAAAUCUGAAAUUAAUAUCAACCUAAUUGAUACAAUAUGACGAGGACUCAAUUUGUUUUUACAACUGGCCUCUUUACCCGAAAAGUCCGUAAAAAAACAAAAUGGCGUCAUUCGCUCAUAAUCUGAAAAUCAAUUAAAGUACUAAUCUUUCCACGCAAUUUACCGGACUCGCUGAGAGAAAUGGGUCACAAAUUCACAAUGACUGAAAGCUGCAGACUGGAAAAUCACAACUCAUAACUGAAAUGGGAUCGUUUUAUUUGUUCUUAAUUACACCUUCUGAUUUGAACUGUGGGAUAAUUGAGGGGAUUAAAAAUAACAUGGCGCUAUGGGGCCCUAAUCAUGGGAACAUUGGACGCCGCUUUUCAACUGUUCCUGAUUCAAAUGUAGAAGUCCUAAUUCACUAGUAGCUCGAAGAUAGCCGGUAUCGGACACGUGAAUUCAUUUGGACUGAUCUACAAUGAUUUUAUUAUUGACACACACUCCACUGCCAAAUCUUUGACUUCAGCACAUGGCGUUUUUGCUAUCAUGUUAGCUAUCGGAGGUAUAAUGCUCAACAGUAUAACAAAAAGAUUUUCUCUAAGAUUCGGAGGGCUUAUUGGAGCGGUCCUCUUAUCGACAGGAUCUAUUAGUACGAUAUUCAUUACCAACACCAACCAACUCCCAAUCACUUUUGGAAUACUGCAAGGCAUUGGUUUCGGUAUGAUGGUACCUGUGUGUUACUCCACAUUGAAUCACUACUUCGUAAGAAAGAGAACGACAGUGAUGAGCAUUUGUAAGGCAGUCCAAGGAGUGAUUCUAAUGUGGUACCCUCAACUGCUGAAGAAGAUAAUGACCAUUUAUGGGUUUAGAGGGACUCUGUUAAUGUUAGCUGGAAUGUCCCUACACACAUUCCCAGGAAUGCUAGUGAUGAAAACUGAUGCAUCUCCUAUAAGACAAAUAAGAACAGCAACUGAUCUAGAAAAUGGAGGGCAUCGUGAAAAUGAGGAUUUAUUGAAUUCUAAUGUUGAGAAUAAUAAUAAAACAGACCAGAAAGCAAAGAAGAGGCUCGUUGAAAAAAUGAGACAGAAGUUAAUGGAAAUAUUCAACUUCAGGAUUUUGAAAGAUGCUGUUUAUUGCAACAUUUGUUUGGGACAAAGUUUCGUCAAUUUCUCCGAUCUCACCUUCUUUGUCUUACAGCCGAUGCUUCUGUUUCAAUAUGGCUAUGAUAGGACACAAGUCGCCAUGUGCAUAUCCAUCUGCGCAGCCGCAGACGUCGGCGGCAGAUUCGCUCUCGCCAUCAUCAGCAGUAUAUUCCACAUCAACACACGACUCCUUUUCUACCUAGCAACACUCCUCACCUUCCUUAUCAGAUUAGUUAUGCUUCAAAUAACCAGCGUGGUUUGGAUGGCAACCGUCACUGGCGUACUAGGUAUUCUUCGGGCGUGGCUGCACGUGGCCAGUCCACUGCUUAUCGCUAACCAUGUGCCUCAUGAAGACUUUCCUGGAGCCUACGCACUGUCCAUGUUAGCUGCUGGCACAGUUAAUCUUACGUUUUCGCCGCUUAUUGGUUUAUUGAAAGACGUAUACCAAGAUUAUGUGCCAGCAUUUUAUGCUCUAACACUCUGCUGCAUUCCGUGCCUUCUCUUCUGGCCGAUAGAAUAUCUUAUUAAGAUAAAGUGACCGGUUUUAUAUGGCGUACAGUGUAAUUUAAGUGAAACCUGAAAUAUGUUUGUACCCUCCUGCAUAUUCUUGUUAAGACUGAGUCAAAUAAAUGCCCUAUAAUCGAGUCAUCCAGCUUUUUAUCCUCGUCUUUUAUAUUGUUAAUUGACAAGGAUGAAAGCAUGAUUGACUAAAACAAGUAUAAAAACAUAGGAGUAUUUCUGCUUGAUUGUAUAAUAAAAUGCUUAGUUUAUUUUAAUUUAUACAUACUUAAUGGGACUUUGUUCAAUAAUAAAUACGUAAGUGUA